UAUUGUGGAACUCCACUAGGAAAGUAGUGGCGCGUCCGUAAUCACAUUUUUUUCAUUUCCCUGGGUUUUCUUAAACGCCGUUCUUUUCCAUUUUCUCUUUUUUUUCUUCCAUUUUUUCUCCUUCUCUAUUUUCUUCCUUCAAACGAAACCCUUGUUUUCUUCUUCCCUUCCUACUUUCGAUUGCAAAACAGAAAACCAAUACCAUCGAAGUUCUUUCUGCAACAAACCCUAGCGAUUCGAAGCUACGCGUUAGAGAGAGAAACCGCCAUUGAACCUUUUAUGAUGAAGUGCGAUGCGACUCACUGAGUUGAACCGAAUAAAGAUCUGAGUUUCGGUGAUCGGUUUAACGCGCUCAUGGGUGCUGCAGGCUCCAAGCUUGAGAAGGCUCUUGGUGACCAAUUCCCUGAAGGAGAGCGUUACUUUGGUCUUGAGAAUUUCGGCAAUACUUGUUACUGCAACAGCGUUUUGCAGGCACUAUACUUCUGUGUUCCAUUCCGUGAACAAUUGCUAGAAUAUUAUGGAAAUAACAAAAGCAUAGUAGAUGCAGAGGAAAAUCUUUUGACUUGCUUAGCCGACUUAUUUUCGCAGAUAAGUUCCCAAAAGAAGAAAACUGGCGUCAUUGCUCCCAAACGAUUUGUACAGAGGUUGAAAAAACAGAAUGAACUCUUCCGUAGCUAUAUGCACCAGGAUGCCCAUGAGUUCUUGAACUUUUUGUUGAAUGAACUUGUUGACAUUUUGGAGAAAGAGGCCCAGGCUGCAAAAAAUGAUCAAGAUACAUCACCACCUGUAAAGGCUGCGAAUGGACAUAUGAACGGUCCAGUUAAUGGUGCUAGAAAAGAGCCUUUAGUUACUUGGGUGCACAAAAAUUUUCAGGGAAUACUCACCAACGAGACAAGGUGCUUGCAAUGUGAAACAUUAACAGCUAGGGAUGAAACUUUUUUCGACUUGAGCCUUGACAUUGAACAGAAUAGUUCAAUUACAAGUUGUUUGAAAAACUUCAGUUCGACUGAGACAUUGAAUGCCGAAGACAAAUUUUUUUGUGACAAGUGCUGCAGCUUGCAAGAAGCUCAGAAGAGGAUGAAGAUAAAGAAACCGCCUCACAUCUUGGUCAUCCAUCUUAAGCGGUUUAAGUACAUUGAACAGCUGGGCCGCUACAAGAAGCUGUCUUACCGGGUUGUCUUCCCCCUUGAGCUGAAGUUAAGUGAUACUGUUGAAGAAGCGGAUAUUGAGUAUUCUCUUUUUGCAGUGGUUGUCCAUGUUGGGAGUGGGCCCAACCACGGGCAUUAUGUCAGUCUUGUGAAAAGCCAUAACCACUGGUUAUUUUUUGACGACGAAAAUGUUGAGAUGAUUGACGAGUCUGCUGUUCAGACAUUCUUUGGGUCAUCGCAAGAAUAUUCCAGUAAUACAGACCAUGGUUACAUUUUGUUCUAUGAGAGCAUUGGCUCUGGUAACGGGAACUAGAUGGAGGAGCCUUGCGUGUUUUAGGUACUUGAAUCAUAUGAACUUGUCGUCGGUUUGAUUAAUUUUCUUUUGUAACCGUUUUCCCUUGUUCAACCUGUUUGAGGAGUUCUUAUAUAUCCUUGAGAGGAUACAGGUUGUGAAAAUGUAUACUUAGGUGGUUGGCAUGUAUAGUGGAUAGUGGAAGCACUGUCCUUUUUUCCACAAUAAGAGCAGAUAGAGCAGUGUAUAUGGUCAAUUUCACAGACAAUGUAUUCAUGGGGUCAAAUGUUCAGUCGACAUUAGAAAGACAAUGCAAGGGCAAUUCCUCGUAACUUAUGAUAGUUUAUU